AUGUUUACACCACCAUCAUUUAUGAAACAAAAAUCAAAGGCAUUGAUGAUCAAUCUUGCCAAACCAUUAGCAGAAGCAGAUGAUAUGGGAGAGUUGGAUAUUACAAGUAUACUGCGUAGUGAUAUAGAUGGAGAUAUUAGUAUACAAGAUCAAGAAACUAUAAAAGAUGCUCUGAAAAAGGGAAUCGAUCUACGUCAAUACUCUAAACAAGUUGAAGAUGAAUUAAAUACAUUAGAUAAAGAAACUAUUUCUGAUUACUUUUUAGAAAGAGAUGAAUUUUUGGAACUUUAUAAUCAUGUUGAAGUAGUUGAUGGAGUAUUGGCAAGUUUAGAAAAGAUGUUAAACGACUAUUACAAUGAAUUGAAAAGUGUUGGAUCAGAGAUGAGCUCACUUCAAGAACGUUCAAUGACGAUGAACUAUAAAUUAAAUAAUAGAAAGUUGACAAAGGAAAAGUUAUAUGAAUUUAUUGAUGUUAUUACCAUUUCUCCUGAAUUCUCAAAUAAACUAUUAAGAGAUAAUAUAAAUGAAGAAUAUAUAAGUUGUUUAUCAAAAUUGGAUACAAAGAUAACAUUGUUUGAUGAUUACAAAAAGAUAUCACCGACUAUAUGCACAAGCAAUGAACCUCAGUUGAGUAAAUUGACGGUGGCAUCGAUCCAAAAGAUCCAAAAAUUCCUUAGAGACACAUUGUCCAACUUUAAGAAACUGUCGGAUCGACGACACACACAAAACCAAUUGGCAAAAAUGUCGUACCUCUUCCAAUUCCUCUUCAAGUACUCUACUUAUAUUGCAUCGGAAGUCAUCAAUACCUAUGUCGAGAAUAGUGAUAAAUACUUUACAACCUACUACAAAAACUAUUCAAACUCGUUGCUCAAGAUGCAAGAGGAUGCACCGACCAAGGCCGACCUCAUUGGUAUUGGGACAAACAAGUUAAAGACAUUAUUUGGUGGGUCCAACUCGGCCAAGGAAAAGGAACGUGAUCGUUCCACUGUAUCAAAUAACCUUCUCAACAGCUCGGCCACCGCCAACAGCAAGCGUGGUGUCGACAUGCUCUCCAACGAAGUGUUGGAAGCUCCAGUCAUUGAACCACCUGCUUCUGCAUCGUUUUUCGAAACCAACUUUUCACCAACCUCCUCUUCCAACCUUCCAACCAUCAAGUAUCCAUUUGAACAAAUCUAUCGCUCUCUAGUCUUCUUUUUAAUGGAUAUCACAAUUUCUGAAACUAAAUUUGUUUCUGAAUUCUUUCUUGGUGGUGAAGAUAUGAUUCAAUCAAUUUUUAUUAAACCAAUUAAUCUUUUAAUUGAAACAACUGAAACUUAUUUAACAAAUAAUUAUGAUAUAGUUAAUAUAAUAUUAAUGAUUGGAAUGUUGUAUAAAUAUAGAAAAUAUAUGGUUGAAAAGGAUAUUGGAGUAUUGAAUAAUAUGUUUGAUAAAUUAUUGUCAAUGUCAAUGGCGAGAUUUAGCAAGGUGUUGGAGAUGAUUAUGGAAAGUAUUCGAUCGCUUUCGAUGAAGGAUCUAAAGCCAAUUAACCAUUUACAGCCACACUAUCUAAUGCGUAGAUAUGCAGACUAUUUGGUUGCCUUGUACAGCGUGCAACCAUUUAUCCCCACCGAAUCACAACAAUUUGUGUCGCGUUGUGCAGGUUUAUUGCGCGACAGUUUGGAACAACUCUUGGCUCGUAUGGGUGAUGAAAUUGCUGAAAAGGACAAAUCCUCGGGCUCCAAUAAAUCACCACCACUCACUGGCAAGGUUCGUGACCAAGUCGUCAAGAAAACACCCAACCAAACCAUUCUGACAGCCAACAACUAUGGCUUGAUUCUACAGGCAAUGGCUGAACACGGUGCACCCGAAGAAGACACGUCGGUGCAACAGAUCCAAGCUGCCAUGGCCAGAACCAUCCAGCGAUACGUCGAGGAUCAGUUGGCCGAGCUUAAAUACUUUACACCCAUGUUUGCAUUUACCAAUGAAUGGGCACCGCUUGUUGAAUCCAACGUCAAGAUUAGUCUCGACCAAAACCCAUCGUUUAACGGGCAGGUCGUCGAGUCGAUCCUAUCGAGCUUCAAAGCCAAUUGGGAAAGUGUAUGCGCCAACGUCAAGGCAAACUCUGCCAAGUACUUUGAACACUGUCCAUUGGCCCGUGCCAUCUCGUUUGACGUUCUCCUUGAAAUCCUCUACACCAACUAUCGUCAAAUGAUCAUCAUUGUCAACAAACAUUUCCCAACCCUCCAACAAUCCCCUCAUUAUAAACCUAUCCAAAUCGUUACCGACAUGAGAUCAAUGAAUUCUAAUCUUACUCUAGAUGAUAUUCCUUUGGUCUAA